GUUAUGACACUCCAGAAUGUCUGAACCUUCUGAUAUCAUUCCACGCCAACAAUAAGGACUUGUGUUCAGAGCCGAAAAUGCAACACUUCUGUAACGACUCCUGUGGGUUGUGUCCAACAACUACCGCUGCUCCCACCACGCCACACCCUUGUACCCCUAAUCCUUGUCAGAACGGGGGAACGUGUUCAAUCGGAACCGGAAACGGAAACGGAAGUGUGUUCAUUUGUACCUGCCGGAUAGGCUUCUCGGGAGACAUGUGUGACAGAGUUGACCUGUGCUUCUACCAGCCCUGUAAACACGGUACGUGCAGUCUACGUCCGGUCCAGGGAUUCAGCUGUACCUGCGAUCCAGGAUUUACAGGCAUCCUUUGUGACACCGUCGUUAUUCAGGACUGCAAGGCGAUAAAAGAUUACAAUAUAUCAAGUACAAGUCAUGACGACAUCUACUUCAUUUCACUUUACGGAGGUGACGUUAGCCUCAAUGUCAGAUGUGAUACGACGACAGCAGGAGGAGGAUGGACGGAACUAAUGGACCGUACAGACGGUCGCCUUCACUUUCCAUCGAUGACAAUGAGCGAUUACGCGGAUGGAUUUGGGAGCGUACGGAACGAAUUUUGGAUUGGUCUUGAAGCAAUGCACAAGCUCACUAGCGAUGGUCGUCACUACCAGCUAAGAGUAGAGCUAGUUAAUGCGACUGGGAAGAUGUUGUACCAGGUAUACGAUGAUUUUGCGGUUGGAGCACAUCCCUAUUAUACAUUGCAUGUCGGGGCCAACAGGGGAACGGCUGGUGACAGUCUGAGUGGCCAUGACGGUUUUGGCUUUUCUUCCGUCACCCCCUCAAUUGACCGAGAUGCUAAUGAAAACAGCUGUGCCGAAUAUCUCCAUGCUAGCUGGUGGUUCCACAGUUGUGCAGAUUCCUGCUUGACAUGCAAAUAUGACGUCCCUGGAACGAAUAACUGCCGGUCGAUGGCAUGGAACUCUGCUGGUUAUUGUACGGCCUUAAGAAAGGCAAAAAUGAUGGUUCGACCAAUGUAAUGUUGUUUCAAUAAAACGCAUUUGUGCAAUUGAUAAACAUUUAACUGCACUACUUGUACUUAUUGUAUAUAAACUAUAUGCAUG